AUGGCAUCAAUGUUUUUGUUGGUGUUCUUCGUAGUUUAUGGUCCAAUCGUUGCAUGUGAUCAUUACUUUGUCAAAGACACGGACAAUACAUCAUGCAUCAUUUUGGAUUCAAACAUUACUGGUGUUCUUCAUUAUACAAAGUCUGACAAUAGCACGGAGCAAUUUAAAUUCAACAUCAGUGGACGCGGAGAUGGUUCGUGCAAAGGAACACAACACAUUUACAUAAGUUUUAACAGUCCUGUUGGUUUGAAGAACUCAACUUUAGCAAUUCAUUUCAAACAAAAAGAUGAUUCAUUCUUAAUCAGUAAUUUUACAUUGGCAGUGUAUUUCGAACAAAAAUUGAAUUCUACAGAAUCACUUCAUAUGUAUCUGAUGGAUAAACAUGCAGAGCUCGACGUGAGUGCCAGCAGUAACGGAGCAUACAAAUGUUCAGAAACAAUUCUUAGCUUCGAAGGAGGUUCUGCAGUAACUCUUCAUAAUGUACGGCUCACUGCAUACGCUCAUUUCAAUACUACUGAGUUUCCAGAAAACCAAGAAUACAAUAUUUGCCAGCUGGAUGUUCGUACUUCCGAUUUAGUGCCUAUAGUUGUUGGAGUAUGUCUUGCCGCAUUGGUGAUCAUUGUUUUAAUUGCAUAUUUGGUUGGCCGAGCUCGAGCGAAACGUCAGGGUUAUGCAUCAGUGUGA